AUGAAGGAAAUUGAGAAUAGGAUUGAGGAGGGAAUGAAGAUGUGUAAGAAAGACAACAAAAAGGAUGAUUGGAAGGAUUUUAAGCUUUUACUUGCGCAAAUUCGGGUCAUUGAAGGGGACUAUAAGUAUGCUUUGAGGAUUUAUCAAGAGCUUGCGCAGGAGGUGCCUAGGGAUUUUCGACCGAGGCUAGUUCCAAAGAGGCACCCCUAUGCGCGGUAUUUUGAUGAUAAUAUGAUUGCAACGAAGCUUUUUGCUCAAAAGGUGGAAAAUGAGGGGGCAAAUUCAAAGAGAUGA